AUGGAGGCUAUUCUUUGCUAUAGGCAGGAUUGUAAUAGGAGAGCCGAUUUUAAAUGCAGCUGCGCAGAUCCCGAGGUGUAUAUUUGCACUUUCCAUUUUGGGGAGCAUAUUUCGUUGACUGAUUCUUCAAUUAGUCAUAAAUUUACAAAAUUGUAUGAGCAAGCUAAUUAUGAAACUAAAGGAAAAGUUAUAGAUCAUAUCAUGAAUAAAAUCGCUGAUCUUGAGGCUUAUAAAUUCGAAAUAAUUGAAAAUGCUCAUAAAAAAAUAGAAGACACUCGGAAUGAUUUAGAAAGAAAAUUAAAUUUGAUUACUGAUGAAAUUGAAAACCUAAAUAACUAUGCACUAAAAAUCCUUCAAAUUAAAGACAUUCCAGUAGAAAAUACUGAGCCAGUAAUUGAAAUCCUUAAGUUCUCUAGCAAAGAUUUAGCUGAAAAAAUCGAAGAAGUAGUGGGCAGGCUAUCUAUAUCAAAUAUCGAAGCAAUAAAAGACAAUGAGCCAUUUUCUCAGAAAAAUGAUGAACAACCUGAAAUAAAUAUAAACCCAUUUAUAAAUAAAAAUGCACUAGCAGAAAGUGUGCUUGAAAAAGUAAAAAUCCAGUUAUGGGAAAUUUCGAAGCUGAAAAAAGAAAUUGAAGAAAAAAAUAAAGCAAUAGAGGAAAAUGCUAAACAAAUGGAGGAGAUAAUCCAAGAAAAUGAAAAACUUAAAAACAAUAUGAAAACCCUUGUUUCUGCAGAGAAUUAAAAUGGUGGUGGUGGCAAAAUAGGUCCUCGACGACGUCCCACCAUUUUGGCGCAAAAGUGGCUUUAUAGCCUAAACCAAAGGUUCAGGCCCUUUAACUCUAACCCUUAGCAUGCCUAGAGCUGCCUUAUGGGGUGGAUAAACUUUGGGAGUCAGCUGGUGGUCACUCCAGUCAAAAGUUUUAAUUAUCCGGAUGGUUUUUGGGCCGUGAUUUCUUUCCCUACCGGUUCCGGAGGGUCACAGCUCUUUUUUCCUAAGUGUCGCUGUACCUACAGGCGGCCGUCAGGAGGCAUCGGGCUAACCUUUGCCUUCAUCGCACCCGACAUGACGUGAAGCAUAUGCAAGGUGGAGUCUCUCCUAACCCGUCGAAACUCAGCGGAGCGUGCAAGCCUUGGCCGUGGUAGAAGAGGCCCAAGAUUGGCAAACAGGUUUUGGGAUCCUCGAAAGCGUGCGGAGAUAUCAAACUGGAAGACUUUAAAGCAGAUUUAAGUUUAAGUUGUUUCUGCAGAAGAAUUAUCUAAAGUUGAAGCUGAGCUAAAAGAAAAUAGGAUAAAAGGACAGUUUACAAUAGAAGCUUUUAAUAUUGAAGCUUUACAGAUAAUAUCUCCUUUAAAAAAUUCUCAAAAUGUUAUUAUCACAAAGCUGUCAGAUAUGAAAAACUAUAUUUUAGAGUUAGAUAUAGAAGAAACCUUAGGCGAUCACAUCAGCAUGUGCCAACUUCCUGACAUGAAAAUAUUUUUUUAUGGAAAUUAUUGGGAAAAGAAAGGGUUUAUAAAAAGCUCAAAAGUGUAUUCAGGGAUUACUUUUAUAUUAGAUUUAUCUUCAAACCAGCUCGAAAUGCUGGAAAAAGGAUUUGAUUGCUAUGAAUCUAACUGCAUUUAUUAUAAUAAUAAAGUUUAUGCUUUCGGAGGCUUUAAUGGGCAAAGUUUAACGAUUGCAAGAAAAUAUAACUUACUCCCCCCCCCUCGAAGUUCGACCAAGAUUUUUUUGGUCGAACUUCGGGGUUAAGAAAAAUUUUUUUUAAAAAAAAAUUAUAUAGAUAUAAUUUAGUAGUUAAAAACAAAAAAUAUUUAUCAUAUUCUUCUGUAUGGUUGAGAGGGUGUAAGGGUUAGAAAAAAUAGUGCAAGAUGGUUUUGUAACGCUUUUUUAGAACUUGAAUACAAAAAUCGCAAGCUCACCCCACGUAGAUUAAAAUUUUUGAAAAAUUGCUUAUUUUCCUAGUAAAUUUAUAUAGGUCUUGGUCGAAUUUUGAGGGGGUUAAUUUUCCAAAAAAAUAGGAAUUUUCCCUAUAUCUUGGUCGAACUUCGAGGGGGGAGUUAGAGCAAAACAGAUGGCUAGAUCUCUGUGAAAUGCCUGAGCCUUCAAGAAGAGUUUCUUCAGCAAUGUUCCAAAAAUCCAUUUUACUAUGUGGCUAUAACCAUUCGACACUAUACAGAUAUGAGAUUAUAAAUAAAAUUUACAUGCCGCUUGGAUUGAGCUUGAAGAAGGACACUAAUAAAGUUGUGUUUGUGGGCAAAGAAAGAGCAUAUGUCAUUGAGUUUGGGUCAAAUAUUUAUGAAAGUGAUUUCCGAGAUGCAAGAAAGUGGCAUACUCUUGUUAGGUCCCAUAUACCAGAUAGCUUUACACUAAUCAGCCAUCGAGUGUUGUAUGGGCCUUCAAUGUUCUUUUUCUUGUCAGAUACUCCUAUCCAAAGUUUAUUUGAGUUUAACUUAGAUAGCAAAGAACUCAUCGAUCAUGGAAGAUUACGUUUAGAAAAGCCAAGAAAAGACUCUGAAUAA